AUGCUUCCGGUCACUUCGCACAUGCGCAUUCGCGCUCUCCGGAGGACUCCGGGUCCAGAAGGCCGUAGGGGGAGGGGGAGAGAGAGUCCCUCCCGCUGCCGUUGUCAUGGCGCCCACCGGGCCUAGCCGCGUGGCCAGGAUCUCCCGGAGCCUCUGCUUCAGCGCCUCUCACCGGCUGCACAGUAAGGCGCUGAGCAAUGAAGAGAACCAGAAGCUCUUUGGGAAAUGCAACAACCCCAAUGGCCAUGGACACAACUACAGAGUGGAAGUAACUGUACGUGGAGAGAUUGAUCCCACUUCAGGAAUGGUGAUCAACCUCACAGAUCUAAAAGAGUACAUGCAGGAAGCCAUCAUGGAACCUCUGGAUCACAAGAAUUUGGAUAAGGAUGUGCCCUACUUUGCCAGUGUGGUAAGCACUACUGAGAACGUUGCUGUGUUCAUCUGGGAAAACCUCCAGAAGCACCUUCCUGGGGGAGCUCUUUAUAAAGUCAAAGUGUACGAAACAGACCAGAAUGUUGUUGUUUACAAAGGAGAGGAGAGCAUUCCUGAGAAAUGAAAUCGUAUGUGUCUUGAUGUCUUCAAUCAGGUGUCAGGAGAAAGUACCUAAUCAGUCAGUCAGUCAAUCGGUGGAUUAAUGUGCCCUGUCCUAUAAGUAUUGCCAUCAGACAUACGGAAUAUGCUUAUUUUUUAAAGAGAUGCCUUAAGAGAAUUCUAGUGAGGGGUUCCAGCUGGAAGAGGCUCUGUUAGAUGCAGUUCUAGGCUUUCAGAAUUUGCCACUGUCUUGUUGCUUCUGGGUCAAAACAUUCCGUUUCUUUGAACAGUUGGGAAAUAGCAAAAGUAGCUGUCAGUGUUUGGGUGGCAUAGAGGAAGAGCUAUAGACCCAUCCACACAUUAUGUUCAACACUGGUACGACAAGUGUACACAGGUACAGUUAUUCACAUGUUAUGUUGGAUGCAGGUACAGAAGUACACUUUCUUUCUGCACCAUGCAUUUGAGCAGCAAGUAUCCAGGUUCACUUUUUAAAAUGAACACCGGUACAGUCAUUCAUGCAAACUCAUGUAUGAGUGUCCAGACAUCUGUACACUUGUACAGCAUAAUGUCUGAAUCAGGCUUGUAUCUUUCCAAGAUCUGGCAUGGUACAGAAGAUAUGAGUCUAGGCUGUGGACAUUGAAAACCCUGAACUUAGGAAAUGGCCAUAAGUAACGCCCCCCCCCCCCCGUCUCAGCACCAGCGCCUGCAAUAUUUAUCUACCUUACAGGGUUAUUGCAAGGAUGACAAAGCAAAUGUCUGAAGUAUGUUGCUCGCUCUAAAGUGCUAUAUAGAAGUUACACAGUAUUAUUGUCAUGUCCUCUUUCUAGGCUUUUUUAAUUUUUGUUUUAAUUAUUAACUGAUUUUAAUGGUGUUUUAAUGUAAACCUCCCUGAGCCUUUUGGAAGGGCGGUAUACAAGUUUUAAUAAUAAAUAAAUAAAUAAAUAAAUAAAUCUGUGAAUGGGACCUCC